AGCCUUGCGCCAGCGGGCCGCAAGUGCGCAGGCGCGCUGCAGCUCUCUCUCUGCUGCUCUCCCUUCUCUCCAGACGUCAGCAGCCGUUGGGCCUCAUGUCGCGCCGGGCCCUCCGGAGGCUGAGGGGAAAACAGCGCGGCCAGGAGCCUCUUGGGCCCGGCGCCCUGCAGUUUGUCCUCCGGGAAGAUGAUGACGCAGAAGAAGAGGGGCCAAAACGGGGGCCGGCUGGCCGCCGCCACCGGGGCCCAGGGAAGGAGAGCGUCCGUGUCAACAACCGAUUCGAGCUGAUAAACACUGAAGAACUCGAGGAGGAGCCCAUGGUGAAUGGGGACAAGUCAGACUGCGUGCCCUCAGACACCGUGGUUUCAGGGAACAAAGGGAGAGCUAAACAUGGAAACACAGAGACCAAGACGGAUGGAGAAGGGGUUGACAGGGCAGCAGCCUCUGAGCAGUCUAAUUCAACCGGCAAACUCCGAAAGAAGAAAAAGAAGCAGAAGAGCAAGAAGAGCACGACAGGAGAGACUUUGGAAAAUGGGCUGGAAGAUAUUGACCGCAUCUUAGAGAGAAUUGAAGACAGAGGUGGGUUGGCCCGGCCUGGCCCGCCCCCCCUGAGCUCCAGGAAGCAUGUGCUCCACGUGGAGCACAGACACUUGAAUCCAGACACAGAACUGAAGAGGUACUUUGGUGCUCGGGCGAUCCUUGGGGAGCAAAGGCCUCGGCAGAGACAGCGUGUGUACCCUAAGUCCAUGUGGCUGACGACCCCCAAGAGCACUUGGCCCCGGUACUCCAAACCAGGUCUCUCGAUGCGCCUGCUGGAGACGAAGAAAGGGCUCUCCUCGUUUAUGUUUGAGCACAGUGAAGAGUACCAGCAGGUGCAGCACAAAUUCCUGGCGGCUGUGGAGUCCAUGGAGCCCAACAACAUCGUGGUCCUGCUCCAGACGAGUCCCUACCAUGUCGACUCGCUCUUGCAGCUCAGUGAUGCCUGCCGGCUCCAGGAUGACCAGGAGAUGGCCCGAGACCUCAUAGAGAGGGCACUGUACAGCAUGGAGUGCGCAUUCCACCCCCUGUUCAGCCUCACCAGCGGAACCUGCCGGCUGGAUUACCGCAGACCUGAGAACAGGAGCUUCUACUUGGCGCUGUACAAGCAGAUGAUCUUCCUAGAGAAGAGGGGCUGCCCGCGCACGGCCCUGGAGUACUGCAAGCUCAUCCUGAGCCUGGAGCCGGACGAGGACCCCCUGUGCAUGCUGCUGCUGGUGGACCACCUGGCGCUGCGGGCUCGCAGCUACGACUACCUGAUCUGCCUCUUCCAGGAUUGGGAGGCUCAUCGGAACCUGUCCCAGCUCCCAAAUUUUGCCUUCUCUGUGCCAUUGGCGUACUUCCUGUUGAGUCAGCAAGCCGACCACCCGCAGAGUGAGCGCAGCGCUGCCAGGGAGAAGGCCUCGGUCCUGAUCCGGCAGGCGCUCAUCAUGUUCCCUGGAGUCCUCAUGCCAUUGCUGGAGUAUUGCAGCGUGCGGCCUGAUACCGCCGUCGCCAACCACCACUUCUUUGGACCCAACGCCCAGAUCAGUCAGUCGCCUGCUCUGAGUCAGCUGGUGAGCCUGUACCUCGGGAGGUCGCACUUCCUUUGGAAAGAACCCGCCAUCAUGAGCUGGCUGGAGGAAAAUGUCCACGAGGUGGUGCAAGCAGUGGACUCCGGGGACCCCGCUGUGGGCGCCUGUGAGAGCAGGCGGAGGGUGCUCUACCAGCGUGCACCCAGGAACAUCCACCGCCACGUGGUCCUCUCCGAGGUCAAGGAGGCUGUCGCUACCCUGCCCCCGGAUGUGACUACACAGUCUGUGAUGGGAUUUGACCCUCUGCCUCCUACGGACACCAUCUACUCUUACGUCAGACCUGAGAGGCAAACUCCUGUUGGCCAGGCAAACACAGUGGCGCUCUUCUUCCGGUCCUUGUUGCCAAAUUACACCACGGAGGAGGACAGGCUGCAAGAAGAACGGCUGGAUGAAGAAGGAGGUAUAGCUGAUGGCCUAGACCGCGUCCAGGGCCUGAAUAGACUGAUGAUGGCCGUGCGUGAAAUGAUGGCUAACUUCCAGUUCAAUGACCUAGACCUGCCUCGCCGAGACCGGGAGAAUCCUGAGAACCAGGAGAACCCUGAGGGCCAGAGUGAAGGCCAGAGCGACGGGGAUGAUGAGAGCGAAGAGGAGGGGGAGGGGGAGUGGGACUGAGCACACAGAGCCACUUCCCCACACCUUGCAAUUGUGAUUUCUCUUUAGCUGGAUCAACCAGUCCUUGAAGUGGAAGUGCUGCCUCUCCUGUCCCCAUAAAUGUCAACGGUCUCUCAUCCCCAUAAAUGUCAGUGGUCUCCUGCCCACAUGAAUGUCAGUUAUCUCCCGCACCCCCCUCCCUGAACGUUUGUAGUUUCCUGCCCCCCGUGAAUGCCGGUGGUCUCCUGCCCCCAUGAAUGUUGGUGGUUUCUUGACCCCAUAAAUGUCGCUGGUCUCCUGCACCUGUAAAUGUUAGUGGUCUCCUGCACCUAUAAAUGUCGGUAUUCAUGCUCUG